AUGCAGCAACCUCUGAUGAUCCCGUUGGCCGUGCUCGCCGGCUCAGCGGUGGCCGCAGCCGCCGGAUGCACCACCGAGUACUUCGCCGAGAUCCUCGCUGACCGUCCCGAGGUGACGGUCAGCUUCGUCGAAGCCGUGCCGCAGAACGGCAGCUUCGGCCAGGCCGAGACCAACAUCCCCUUCCCCUUCAACGCGACGAACCUGCCAGCGUUGUGCGCGGUUGGCAUCAACGUCAAGUCCUUGGAGAGCUCGGCGUACAACUUUGGCCUCUUCCUCCCCGACACGACAUGGAAUGAGCGGUUCAUGACUACCGGCAAUGGCGGGUUCGGUGGGGGCAUCAACUGGCCCGACAUGGGCAUACUCUCCCAGUAUGGAUUUGCUACCAUGUCGACCGACACCGGCCACUCAUCUGCUGCCGACGACGGCUCGUGGGGGCUCGACGCCCCUGAGAAAGUGAUAGACUGGGCUCACCGGGCCAUGCACGGGUCUGUUGUACUCGCUAAGACCAUCAUCACUACCUACUACGCAGCCGCCGACGGCAUCAAGUACUCGUACUAUGCUGGGUGCUCCACUGGGGGCCGGCAGGGCCUGAAGGAAGUCCAGUUGUACCCGGACUCGUUUGACGGCGUCACGAUCGGCGCGCCGGCAUGGUGGACGGUGCACCUGGCGGCGAAUACCCUGCAGCAGGGCCUCUACAAUCUUCCGCUGUCAGACCCAAAGCACAUUUCCCCCUCGCUUUUCCCGGCGAUCCUGGCAGAGAUCGUAAAGCAGUGUGACCCGCAAGAUGGUCUCGUCGACGGCAUCAUCUCGGACCCCUACGGCUGCAACUUCAACUACGAAUCGCUCUUGUGCAAGGGAAGUUCGGAUACGGAAUGCCUCACGGCCGCGCAGCUUGAUACUAUUUACAAAUUCUACAAUCCCUGGGUAGACGUAAACCAGACGUUCGUCUUCCCAUCCAUGGCCCUCGGCACGGACCCAGGAUUCGCUAUGGGGAUUCCCAGUCUUACGGGCUUUGCGUACGGUGUCUUCAAGUGGUGGGUGUACAACAACACCGACUGGGACCACACCAAAUUCACGUAUGCUGAUGUGCAAUUUGCAAACUCCAUCAACCCGGGCGGCGCGACCGCCGACGACUUCGAUCUCAGCCCCUUCAAAGAGCGCGGAGGCAAGAUCUUGAAAUACCACGGAGCGGUAGAUGCCCUGAUCCCGACCGGCAGCAGCGUCUACUUCUACCAACAGGUGGCCAAGACCCUCGUACCGAAGGGCAUCGACCUCGACGACUUCUACCGCUUCUUCCUCGUCCCGGGCAUGAACCACUGCUCCGGGUCGCUCAAUGCCCCGUGGUACAUCGCCAGCGCGAGCCAGUCGCUGCGCGGAGCGACGCACUCCGUCCCAGGCUUCCAGGACGCCGAGCACGACAUCAUACUGGCCAUGGUGAAGUGGGUCGAGGACGGCGCGGCUCCCGACCAGCUCAUCGCGACCAAGUUCGUCGACGACAACGCCGCCCUGGGCGUCGAGAGCCAGCGGCCCCUCUGCCCGUACCCAAAGCACGCCAAGUACAUUGCCGGAGAUCUGAACAAGUCGGAAAGCUGGGAGUGCAGGAACCUGUAUUAA